AUGUCUGAUGAACAUGACCGACAUACGACGGCGAUAGACUUGCAGCUGCACCGGAUUUGGUGGUGGGCCGAGACCUGCGACCGGUGCAGGAUGUUCGACGAUGACCGCGACCGCGGUAACAUCGACUUUGGCGACGGUGACCAAGACGACAACGACGGCGGCAGCGGUGGUAAAACGGACCGAGACGGACGGCUCAUGUCUGAAGCGUCGACGAUUAGGAGUUCACGCUUCGGUUAA